AUGAGCAAGACUCUCAAAGGAAAAUACUUCCCAAAUUCAUCUCUGUGGAAAGCACAUCACAAGAGUUCCGACUCGUGGCUAUGGAGCACCUGGCUAAAAAUCAUACUGCACCUGAAAAAGAGAGUCAUCAUGUCAAUUGGGGAUGGCAAAAACACCGAUAUAUGGAGCGACCCCUGGAUAGCAGAACUUCAGAAGCUCUCUCCAGCUCUGGAAUUUAAUUCAGAUUACCUAAAGCUUAAAAAAGUCUGUGACUUGCUGAAAUCAAAUGGUAUUGCUUGGGAUAAAGACCUUAUCGAGCAAUCUUUCAAGCCCGAAGAAGCCCAAAUGAUUCUGAACAUUCCUCUCAAACCAGCAAGGCAAAUUCUCGGUCAAGUCGGCCUACGGGUCCAUUCUCUUAGAAAAGGCGGCGAAAUCAACCUCCCCUGA